AUGGACGUUCUCUCCGAAAUUGGCGCCCCUACAUUGGCCGUGGCAUCUGCCCUGAGUGUAGCUGCCGGUGCCUACCUUAAUGCGAAACUCGCAAUCUCGACCGAUCUGUCCCAGAUCUCCGGUGAUAAGGCAUUUGGAAAGCGCAUUGGCGAGCGCAUCGCCAAGCUAGAUGGCGCAACAACCAUAUAUAAGAUGUUGGAGCGCGUGGUGGAUGUUGAAGGCAAGGGCGCUCUGGAUGCCCUCUGGUUCGAACAUCAGACUUGGUCGUACAGCCAAUUGAAGGAUUUGGUGGACAGAAUGGCCGCUCUGUUGAAGACCCGUGAUGUAAAUUCGGGCGAUACAGUUGGUGUUUUCACGACCAAUUCACCAGAAAUGGUGAUCACCCUCUAUGCGCUCUCCAAACUAGGCGCAGUAUCAGCCAUGAUCAACACCAACCUGCGAGCCCAACCAGACGACACAUUCACCCACUGUCUAAACGUGUCAGGCUCCAAACAAAUAAUCUCAACAGCCGACCUAUCCCAGCAGGUCAACGUCACCAUCCCCCACCUAACAAUAAACCUAACCUCCUUCCCCAACACAAAAACAAGCCCAGUAGAGCUGGUAACGCUCUCAACGCUUCAAUCGCACUCUCCAACCGGCCUCGCCGCAGCAAAGCGCAACCCCAAGGAUCUAGCUGUCCUAAUCUACACCUCAGGAACAACAGGCAAACCGAAAGCCUGCACAAUCCGCAACAUGCUCACCCUGAUAACGUCAACACCCCUCUCCCGCGACGCAAACAAUCCAGGAAAAUACUACCCAUUGCGCAUUUACUCCUCCCUCCCUCUCUUCCACGGCACGGCCUUCUUCACAGGUAUAUGUGGCGCAGUCGGAAACGCGGGCACGCUUUGUCUGCGACGGAAGUUCUCUGCCAGUCAGUUCUGGAAGGACGUGCAUGACUCGGGUGCUACGCGGAUUCUGUAUAUUGGUGAAUUGUGCCGCUAUCUACUCGCUACCCCGCCUUCGCCCUAUGAUGCGGACCAUAACUGUAUCGUUGCGACGGGUAACGGGCUGCGCGGUGAGAUCUGGGAGAAGUUCAAGGAACGGUUUAACGUUCCCGAGAUUCGGGAAUUCUAUCGCUCUACCGAAGGCGUGGCCAAGUUUGAUAAUCAUGGUCCUGGUGUGUGGGGUGCUGGAAAGGUCGGCUUCUCUGGGCCUAUCAGACGGCUUUGGGAGGAUGAUACUUUUAUCGUGCGGUAUGAUACGGAUAAAGAGUGUCCGUAUCGGGAUCCCAAUACUGGAUUCUGUGUCCGUGCCGGUUUGAACCAGGAGGGUGAAGCUAUUGGACGGGUUAGGGAUCGGGAUUUAUUGAUUGAGUACCUGGGCAAUGAGGCUGCUACGGAGGAGAAGCUUCUUCGGGAUGUGUUUGUGAAAGGUGAUCUGUUCCAACGGACUGGUGAUCUGGUUGUUCAGGAUUCAGACGGUUGGGUCAGGUUCCAGGAUCGCGUUGGAGAUACUUUCCGGUGGAAGGGCGAAAAUGUUAGUGCUGGUGAGAUUCGGGAUCAUAUUUGUCGCAUUGAGGGGGUUCACGAUGCCGUUGUUUAUGGUGUCAAGCUGGCUAGCUAUGAUGGCCAGGCAGGUGCGGCUGGUAUCACGCUUGAAACGCCGGCUGCUGAAGUUGAGUUGAUGUCCAACUUGUAUGCCGAGCUGAAGAAGAAGGGCGUUCCUUCUUAUGCUCUUCCGCGACUUGUUCGCCUUACCGAGAAGGUUGCCACAGGAGUCACCUUUAAACAAGCGAAGGGCGACCUCGUCAAGAAGGGCUGGGACCCCCGCAAAGACUGGGGCGGCGACAUCCUCUACUGGCUGGACGGAGACAAGUACAAGAAGCUGGAGACACAGAGUUGGUCAGAGAUCGAAACCGGCAAGGCCAAGCUGUGA